AUUAAGGAGCUUGGUAGCGUCACUUCCGGUGCUCGUUCCAUUUCCGGCUUCCGAGUGGGUGGGUUGGAGAGCUGUGAACCUCGCUGGUGGGAUUCCCGGGGUUCCUCGACCAGACGCUCAGCCGCCGGAGGUCAGAGGACACCGGACACAGAGGUUAUCUGAAGAAAAUUAUACUUUGUGGACUACAUACAGUUUCUGUUACCCAGACAUGGAUAUCAGACCAAAUCAUACUAUUUAUAUCAACAAUAUGAAUGACAAAAUUAAAAAAGAAGAGUUGAAGCGGUCCCUGUAUGCACUGUUUUCUCAGUUUGGGCACGUGGUGGAUAUUGUAGCUUUAAAGACCAUGAAGAUGCGUGGCCAGGCCUUUGUUAUAUUUAAAGAACUGGGUUCAUCCACAAAUGCCUUGAGGCAGUUACAAGGGUUCCCUUUUUAUGGUAAACCAAUGCGAAUCCAGUAUGCAAAAACAGAUUCUGAUAUAAUAUCUAAAAUGCGUGGCACUUUUGCUGACAAAGAAAAGAAAAAAGAAAAGAAAAAAGCAAAAACAGUGGAACAGACUGCAAUGACUGCAAACAAAAAGCCUGGCCAGGGAAUUUCAACUGCUAAUACCCAAGGAAAUGUAGCACCAAAUCCUCAGGUCCCUGAUUACCCUCCAAACUAUAUUUUAUUCCUUAAUAAUUUACCGGAAGAGACUAACGAGAUGAUGUUGUCCAUGCUGUUUAAUCAGUUCCCUGGUUUUAAGGAAGUUCGUCUGGUACCUGGAAGGCAUGACAUUGCUUUUGUGGAGUUUGAAAACGAUGGGCAGGCUGGAGCUGCCAGGGAUGCAUUGCAAGGGUUUAAGAUCACACCAUCGCAUGCAAUGAAGAUCACCUACGCCAAGAAAUAACCUCAGGAGAGGCAUCUUUAAGGGACUUGGUGUUAUUUAUGGUGUUUGUUUUGACAACAUUUGUUCAGGCUAGUAAAGGUUGAGGGUAGGGGAGAGAUAAGUUUUUAUGAAAGACUAAGUCAUCUAGUCUUUCUUUAGCCUUAGUGAACUGUGUAAUAUUAAGGCCUUAAUUUUGUACAAUAAACUUUUAUUUGUAUUCUGAAUAUAUAAUAA